UGUUUAUAAACAAAACUAAUAAUAAUUUAUCUUUAAUCUAUUAUUACUUGAAUUUCCUUAAGGAAAUAUUUUUAUUAAAUACAAAAACAAAAUAAAGUUUAAUCACAUGGAAUUAAAACAAGAAGUUAAUGAAACGUCCUGUAAAACAGAAAUAGAUAAUAAUGAAGUGUGGGAUACCCUUUUCCAUACCUUUAAAACUGAAACUAUUGAGGAACCCAAGAGAGAAACUGCAAAUGAUGCAUUUGAUUAUUUGGUUUUAAAGAAAAACCUUAUAAAUGCAGCAUGAAAAUGAAAUACAGCAUGGUGAACAUAAAUUAUUUGAAGAAAAACGAGAAACUGAAAAAAGUAUUCCUUGGGAAGAGGUAGAAGCUGAUGCUAGCAACGAAUUUAAAGAUCAUCUUAGAAACAACAGUAUUUUGAAUCAAUGUUUAACUGCUAAUCCAAGUCUGAGCACUGGAGAAGGAAAAACUUUAACUUGUAAAAUUUGCUCCAAAAUGUUUCAUGGGAAGUCCGAUUUAAAAGAACAUAUGAAAAUACAUACUAAGAGAAAACCCUUUGCAUGUAGUAUUUGCAAUAAAAAAUUUACAAAAAAAUAUAAUUUAGGGAUACAUAUGAGAGUGCAUACUGGAGAAAAACUUUUGGAGUGUGAAAUUUGUUUAAAAUUGUUUACAGUCAUGGCCAACUUAAAAGAACAUAUGAUGAUACAUAAUGGGAAAAAACCCUUUGCAUGUAAUAUUUGCAAUAAAAAAUUUACAAAAAAAUAUAAUUUGAGCAUACAUAUGAGAGUGCAUUCUGGAGAAAAGUGUGAAAUUUGUUCCAAAUCGUUUACCGUCGUGGCCGAGUUAAAAGAACAUAUGGUGAUACAUAAUGGGGAAAAACCGUUUGGAUGCGAUAUUUGCACUAAAAAGUUUUCAGCAAAGAAUAAUUUGAAGGCUCAUAUGAGAGUACAUACUGGUGACAAACGUUUUUUAUGUGAAAUAUGUAACAAUGAGUUUCAAGGAAGUUCGUGCUUAAGAAAACAUAUGUUAACACACACUGGAGAAAAAUCUUUUGCAUGUGAAAUUUGUGCUAAACAAUUUUCAAUAAGAGCUGCUUUAAAAAGACAUAUGCGGGUGCAUACUGGAGAAAAACCGUUUGUUUGUGAAAUUUGCUUAAUGGUGUUUUCACAAAACCAUAAUUUAAAAACACAUAUGAGAAUACAUACUGGAGAAAAAUCGUUUGUGUGCGAAAUUUGCGAAAAACAAUUUUUAACGAAAACUAUUAUAAAAAGACAUAUGAGAGUGCAUACUAAAGAAAAGCCUUUUGCGUGUGAAAUUUGUUCCAAAUCGUUUUCAGACAGGUAUAGCUUAAAAGAACAUAUGAGGCUACAUAGCGGGGAAAAACCAUUUGGAUGCGAUAUUUGCACUAAAAAGUUUUCAACAAAGAAUCAUUUAAAGUUACAUACUAGGGUGCAUACUGGAGAAAAACCGUAUGUGUGUGAAAUUUGCUCAAACGUGUUUUCACAAAGGUCCAAUUUAAAUAUACAUAUGAGAAUACAUACUGGAAGUGGAACAAGUAGAAGGAAAUAAUAUAGAACAAAAUAAAAAUUAACACACCCCACAAGAGCAACAGAAACAGAUAGGAAAUAUAACACAAAAAGAAUUAACGAAUGCAAUCAACAAAAUCAAGAUGGGCAAAGCACCAGGACAUGACGAUAUAACUGCAGAAAUGGUCAAAUACAUGAAUGAAGAAAGAAGAAAGACAAGAACUAGUAAACAUCAUGAUCAUGAACCAAGCUAAGAAAGAAAAGAAAGUUCCACUAGUUUGACAGAUAGGCAUUUUAACACCAUUGUAUAAAAAAGGAGAUAGCAAAGAAUGCUCAAACUCUAUAGGAAUGGUAGGAAUAGUAGGAAUGAAAGCACAGUAUGAAAUAGCAAUAGUAGGAAUGAAAGCACAGUAGGAAAACUGUAUGCUAGUAUACUGGAAAACAGGCUAAGAGAAAAACUAGAAAACACCUUUGAGGAGAGCGAGAGUGGUUUCAGAAAAGAAAGAGGCACGAACGAUCAGAUUUUCAUAAUGAGACAAAUAGUAGAAAAGGCUCUUAAAACAGAAAAGGAAUAUAUGCAUGUUUCAUAGAUAUGGAAAAGGCUUUCGACAGAAUUAAAACAGAAUAUAUUUGGAACAUACUAGAGAAGAGAAAAAUUUAACAAGAUCUAAUAGGAUGCACCCAAAGUUUAUACGACAAAACUAUGUUAGGACAAGGAAUGAAAAAUCAAAAAUAUUCGAUAGCAACAUUGGAUUAAAACAGGGUUGUGUCCUGAGCCCACUACUCUUUAACCUACUACUACAUGGUGUAAUAAAAAAUGCAAACACAAAUGGAGAAAAUAUAAUGUAGGAUAUUGAAAGUUGAGAAUGAGAAAAACAAUUACAAGAAAAUAUAAAUAUGAAAAUAUACAAAGUAAAAUCAAAAACAAUGAUAAUUGGAAGACAAAAAGAAAAACAUAAAAUAGAAGUAGAUGGCAAGCAACUUGAACAGGUAGACCUGUUCAAACCGGGAUGCAAGAUUAGAAGAUGAGAUAAAUGAAAGAAUUGCAAAGACUGGUAAGCUGUACAAUAAUAUUAUGAGUAAUUUUUUAAAUAAGAAAGAAAUACCUAAGGUUAUAAAAACGAAAAUAGUAAAAAAAAAAUGUGAUGCCUGUGAAUCUUGGGCAUUAACAAAAAGACAAAAUAAUAGACUAAUAAGCACAGAAAUGGGAUUUUUGAGAACAAUAGAGGGAAAAACAAGGAAAGACAAAAUUUGAAAUCAAACCUUUAGGGAAAAUCUGAAAAUACACACAGUUACAACAAUCGAACAGGGACAACUUAGAUGGCUCGGGCAUGUACUGAGAAGAGAAGAAAAAUUAGUAAGACAUAUGAAGCGAAAGAUAUGGGAAGAAAGAAGAGAGGAAGACCAAGAAAGACGUGGACAGAAGAAGUGAAGGAAGUGGCCUAAAAAAGAGAAAUAAAAUGGUAGGAAACACAAGCAUUGGUCAUGGAUAGAAGGAAAUGGAAAGAAAUGUGGAAAACUGGCGGCCAUUUUGACAGAUGUCACGUGAUUUAUACUUAGUUUGGUUUGUCAUUUCAAUAUGAGUAGACUGACGUCUGAACAAAGCUUCCAAAUUGUACAAAUUUAUUUUGAAAAUCAUGGUUCUGCUCGAAAUACGUAUGACGCACUACGUCUAUUUUAUGGUAUACAUAAUCGCCCAUCAGAGCAAUUAAUUUGAUUAAUCGCACCUCGUUUACUCUAAAUGAUAAUUCAAAAUUAUACAAAAUUCAACUCGCGCAAGAAUUGAAGCUACACGAUCACCUAGCAAGGCGUAUAUUCGGUGAAUGGGCCCAAAACGAAAUUGCCGUUGAUCCCGACUUUCAUAAGCGAAUUUUGUUUAGCGACGAAGCCCAUUUUUGGUUGAAUGGCUACGUCAAUAAACAAAACUCUCAUAUUUGUAGUGAAGAUAAUCCUCAAGUGUAUGUUGAGACACCACUAUAUCCAGAAAAAUUGACUGUUUGGUGUGCCUUAUUAUGGGUGUAUGGAAUCAUUGGUCCAUACUUCUUCAAAAACGAUGCUGGCCAGAAGGUUACAGUCAAUGGUGACCGCUAUUGAGUCAUGAUUACUGACUUUUUAUUCCUGAAUUGAACAACCAUGAUGUGCAGGGGUUGUGGUUUCAGCAAGACGGCGCACCAUGUCACACAGCUCAUGCCACAAUGGAUUUAUUGAAGGAAACGUUUGGUAACCGCAUAAUUUCACGUUUCGGACCCGUGAAUUGGCCUCCAAGAUCGUACGAUUUGACACCGCUAGAUUAUUUUCUGUGGGGUUAUGUGAAGUCGCUAGUCUAUGCCGAUAAACCUGAAACGAUUUACCAAUUGGAGAACAACAUUCGCCGCGUUAUGGCGACAAAUGUUGGAAAAAGUCGUAGAAAAUUGAACUUCUAGAUUAGACUACGUCAGUGCCAGCCGUGGCGGUCAUAUGCCAGAAAUCAUAUUUGAAAUAUAAAAAAAUAUAUAAAAAAU